AUGGCCGAUCGUCACGGGGAUUACCAUAAUGAGGAGCAGGGCUCAGACCACUGGCUUGCUGCUGCUACAACUGCUACGGCUGCCCAAGAAGGACAAGGAUAUGAUAAUGAUGCGCUGUCUGAUUCUCAACAUCUGAGUCAACGAGAGCCUGGGCCACAUGGCGCUGCUGCUGCUCCAUGUUCGCACCAUCUUGGAAGCCAACAUGACCAUUGUCAACAACACUACGAAGACGAAGGGGAUCGUUGCCAGGGGCAGCACGAUCGCUCAUGUCCUUCGUCGGCGCCAGUAUCAACGUUUUCAAGCUUUCCUGCAUAUUCCGAGCAACAUGGAGUAGAGCAGCGUCUGAAUCCGCGCCAGUAUGAACCGUACGACGGGCUUUCGGCGGAGAUGGAACGGGCUGAAGAGCUUCGAGACGAGCGCCAGUAUGAUGACUCCUUGGCGGACGGAGGAGAAGAAGGCUUGACUAAUGAUCCUCGACACUUUACUUCGUCAGACAUUGGCCACCUCAACACGAAUGAUGGCGGUACUUUGAGAUUGCAGGACGAGGCGAAUAUCGAUGUGGACCAGGCUACAAAGGAAGCAGAGCUCGCUGCUGCGACGGAUUCACGGGAUAGUCAUAGCAGUGAUAGAUCUGCGCCUUCGGCUUGGUGUCCUCGAGAAGGAGAUGAGCAGAGUGAUAGGGUUGGAGAGCGAGAUGGAAAAGAACAACAUCUCUCCAUGGCGGCUGCAAAACAUGAAGAUACUGAGGAUCCCGCAAACAACUACGACAGCAACGACGAGCGCCAUACGUUCCAUCAUCGCCCGGGGACAGAAAAUGGCAACGACAGCGCUACUUCCUCUCCUAGUUCCCGUUGCUCGGGGAUCAUGGGUUUGCCACGGCGAGAAGGCGAACAGCAAGAAGAAGAGGAAGAAGAAGAAGAGGUGGGAGACGUCGAUUUGCAAUCACAAGUCUCAUCGGAGGUUACAGAGCCACUGCGGGAUCCUGAGUCUUCGAGAGGCAGGUCGUUGGCUGAUGAAUUGACCGGGGUGGGCGAGUUCGAGGGAGGUGGGGAAGGAGAGGAAGAAUGGGAGGAGGGAGGGGAGGAGGAGAAGGAGGAGAACCAAGAGAAGGAGGAAAAGGGGGAAAAGGGGGAAGAGGAAGAGGAGCCGUCGGAUCCAGCAUCUCUGGAACGCAUGUCGUUGUUUGAGGAAAUGACGGCGCUGGAUCAGGAGACUAAGGGCGAGGAAUUCCAAGAAGAAGGAAAGGAAGAGGUGGAGGAAGAAGACCAGUCGAGUUACUACCCUCAAGCCAAUGAGUUCGGUCCUGGUAAGGAGCGAGAAGAGGAUGGGUGGCGAGGUUUGGGUGAAGGCGGACCAUUCGGAGGACGAGGAGAAGAGAUUUGGGAAGAACGCGAUCAGCAGGGUAAUGUUGCGGCAGAUGAGAUCAUCCAGGAGCCAUUCAUCGAUUACGGGAACGAGGACAAGCAAGCGAAUCCCACUCCCAUCUCUCAGCGGAUCCUCCACUUCCUCAGCCUGUUCAUCGUCACACACCCAGUCCCUCCCCACGAGAUCAUCAACAAUCCCCUCCAAUACACCGGUCUACGCCUCCAACUCCGAGCGCAUCACCAGAACUAUCUCAAGGUCGCCCUCACCGUCCUCUGCAUCCCCCUGACCUACGUCUUCUUCUAUCAUUUCCCGCAAAAUCUCGUCACGAGUCUGAUCGCCCAUGAUGAGCACAAAGGGGAUCCGGACGUCUUGAAGAAGUGGGUGAGAGGUCAGUAUCGCAGGGAGAUGGAGACGGGGUUGGGUGUGAGUCGGAAUGCGCUGGAGGUGUUGAUCAAACACCACACGAGGUGGGUCAUGUUUGAGGUUGCUAUAGGCCUUCUGGCGGGUCUUGCUGUCGGGAUCGGGGGGUUGGCGCUUGUCUUUAUCGUGAUAGGGCUUUUCGGAGUGGAAACAGAGGUAUUCGUCUGGAUGGGGAUAAUAGGAUCGGGGAAUGUAUCCGGGACUGUGCUGGUGGAUACGGGAGUAUCACAUCACCUUCCCGGCCCCGUCGCGGCCCCCAUCAGGGGAGGAGACGGAGCUGGACGCGGAGGAAACAUCAUGCUGUCCUCCCCGGACAUGGCCUCACGACUGUGUAUCGACCUUCUCCUCAACCAACCACCACUCCUCGCCACCACCGCAACCGCAUCGCUCCUCCUCUAUCAAGCCUGGUCUCUCUCGACUCUCAAUUUCCACCUCCCUCCAAGAGACGCUCUCAACGAGGCUUUCCAGCUUGCUAUCGAGGCCACACCUGCUCGCUCUUCUCCCUCGUUCUCUUUAUCAAACGACUUCGACUUCCGCGCGAAUGCUGAGAAGAGCAGCAACCCACUUCAGAGUCUCGCGAACGAAUAUCUAAUCCGUGAGGAGAGGGGUCGAAAGAGGAGGAGUGUCCUUUUAGAUAAUGGAGGCGUGGAAGGGGAGAUUUUCGGGAUGCUUCUCAGUCCUGGUUCUUCGCGGUCAUCAUUACCGGUAGUACGGGGGGAGAGGGAAUUGGACGAGGAGGGCAGCAAUAAUGAUAUCGAUAUCUGGGAAUGCUGCGUUCCUUGUGUUUUGGAGGCUUUGAGGUUGGUUCGGGUCGUUGUGAGGCGGGAGGAGGAGGAGGGGGGGGUGAGGGGGGUUCGGUAG